GCUUAUUUAACAAACUGAACUCCGAGAAAGCACGAGUCAAUAAAUGUAAACGAAAACAAAAUGGCGGCGUCCUUGAGCAGGCAGGGAAGAAUAUUAUCUAUUGCUUGUAGCCAACUGAAUUCUGCAGCGGGAGUCAACAAUGGAUCGAGGAGCAUAAACACCAGUGCAGUUUGCUGUAAGAACCGUGCAGCCCGCAUUCGGGUGGGUAAAGGCGACCGGCCUGUAACUUAUGAACAGGCCCUGCACCCACACCACAUAGCUCACAGGAAAGGCUGGCUCUCUCAACACACAAGUAACCUCCAGGGAGAAGGAGGUGCCGCAGAGCGCACUGUAGAGGACAUGUUCAUCCGCCGUUUCAUCUUUGGCACGUUUCACGGCUGUCUUGCUAACGAACUGGUUAUCAAGCGCAGGGGCAACAUGCUGGUCAUCUGUGCGUUGAUGCUGCAGAAACUCCAGCCUAAUAAAUAUUACUUUCUUAUCGGCUACACAGAGGAACUACUCUCGCACUUCUACAAGUGUCCUGUAAAGAUGGAGAUACAGAUGCUGGAAGAUAAAAUUGUCUACAAGUAUCUCUAAGGAAAAUUGGUGCAGCUGUUAAUGCGCUUUUGCUAUAAAUCUGAAUAUCGUUUGUCUAAUGUAUGUAAUGUUAAUAAAUAUAAUAAUCUGUGCUAAUACUAUUAUUCCGUCAUUGGUAAAAAAAAUGUGUUGAAUUUUAGCUGUUCAUGAAUUCAUGGUCCAAAUAUAUGACGUGGGCUGUGGUAAUGUGCCAUGCAGACAAGAGAUGGAAAAACAGUGCUUACGGUCUCAUUUAUUAUACGGUAGGAAGUUGUGUUUCUGAUAACGCCAGAAGAAGCAAUAAAUUAGACAUUAAACAUUUUCUUUCGAA